AUAUAGUUGAAGUGAAAUUUGUUUUUAUAGCAAAGCAUAUUUCGUAAUGACUGGUAUCAAUCAAAUUGGUCCCACUGGAUCUGGAGGUCCACCUGUUGUAGUACAAGAAAAUAUAAAUUCUUUACAAAAGGCUAUUGAGACCAUGGAAGAGAAAGGACUUCAAGAAGAUCCACGUUAUUCUCAGUUGCUUGCUUUAAGGGCUCGUCAAAGCAACAUCGGAGAGAAACUUUUCACUACACAACAAUUACAACAAUUGCGGGUACAAAUUGUGGCAUACCGAUCAUUGGCAAGAAAUCAACCAUUAUCGCAACAACUUGCACUUGCCGUUCAAGGUGGAGCAUCUCCCCCUUUAGGUGUGGGACAACGUACCCCUAUGGAUUCAUCUCAAGGACCUGUUUCUACAGCUCCACAAAUCUCUGGUUCAAACUUAAUUGGUCCAGCAAUUUUUCCAAGAGCAAGUUGUCAGACAUCACAACUUCCUCCUCAACCAUAUGUUAAAGCUAACAAAGUAACAACUGUAGCAAAACCAGUUGGUUUAGACCCGUUACUGAUUUUACAAGAACGUGAAAACAGAGUUGCAACGCGCAUAGCGUUACGAAUGGAACAAUUGAACAGUUUGCCAACUAACAUGCCAGAAGAUCUUCGUAUGCAAGUUCAAAUAGAACUACGGAUGCUUAGAGUAUUAAAUUUUCAAAGACAACUACGAUCAGAAAUUUUAGCGUGCACUCGAAAGGAUACUACUUUAGAAAGUGCAGUGAAUGUAAAAGCUUAUAAACGUACGAAAAAACAAGGUCUUCGAGAAGCUAGAGCUACUGAGAAACUCGAAAAACAACAAAGAUUGGAAGCUGAACGUAAACGCAAACAAAAACAUCAAGAAUUUAUUAAUUCUGUACUUCAACAUGGUAAAGAUCUCAAGGAAUUUUAUCGAAAUAAUGUGGCCAAGUUGGCCAGACUUAACAAAGCUGUUCUUAAUUAUCACGCAAAUGCUGAAAGAGAGCAGAAGAAAGAACAAGAGCGUAUCGAGAAAGAACGUAUGAGACGUCUAAUGGCAGAAGACGAAGAAGGUUACAGAAAAUUGAUUGAUCAAAAGAAAGACAAACGAUUAGCAUUUUUGUUGUCACAGACAGAUGAAUAUAUCGGUAAUCUUACUGAGAUGGUAAAGCAACAUAAGAUAGAACAAAAGAAAAAGCAGGUGGAAGCACGGAGGCUUAAAAAGAAAAAGAAGAAGCAACAAGAUGGUGAAGAAGGUGAUGAUGGAGAUGAAGAUACCCGUGUUGGAGUGAUUGAAACAGCUAGUGGCUGCACAUUAACUGGCGAAGAAGCUCCACUAAUGAGUCAACUUUCAGCAUUUUUAGAAUCUCAUCCAGGUUGGGAACCAAUUGAAUCAGAAAGUGAAGAAGAUGGAGAUGAUGAGGAAGAAGAAAAUGAAGGUGAAGAAAAAGGUGAAAAGUCUACUGGUGAUUUAGAUGAAGAAAAAGUUAAGAAAACGAUACAGAAAGCCAAAGUAGAGGAUGAUGAAUACAAAACCGAAGAACAAACAUAUUAUAGUAUUGCACACACCGUUCAUGAGAUAGUAACAGAGCAAGCAUCUAUCAUGGUCAAUGGAAAAUUGAAAGAAUAUCAAAUAAAGGGCUUGGAAUGGUUAGUUUCAUUAUUUAACAAUAAUCUGAACGGUAUACUUGCGGAUGAAAUGGGUCUUGGUAAAACUAUUCAAACAAUAGCUUUAGUGACUUAUCUUAUGGAGAAAAAAAAAGUGAAUGGUCCAUUCCUUAUAAUUGUUCCUUUAUCAACGUUAUCAAAUUGGGUGUUAGAAUUUGAAAAAUGGGCUCCCAGCGUCGUAAUUGUAUCAUAUAAAGGUUCACCAGCUAACAGAAGAGCUAUUCAGUCUCAAAUGAGAGCUACUAAAUUCAAUGUUUUACUUACUACAUACGAAUACGUUAUUAAAGACAAAGCAGUCUUAGCAAAAUUGCAGUGGAAGUACAUGAUUAUAGAUGAAGGACAUCGAAUGAAAAAUCAUCAUUGUAAGCUAACUCAAGUGCUAAAUACUCAUUAUCUAGCUCCUCAUCGACUUUUACUGACAGGAACGCCAUUGCAAAAUAAAUUGCCUGAAUUAUGGGCAUUAUUAAAUUUCUUACUUCCUUCAAUCUUCAAAUCUUGCAGUACUUUUGAACAAUGGUUCAAUGCUCCAUUUGCAACCACUGGCGAAAAAGUUGAACUAAAUGAAGAAGAAACUAUUCUUAUUAUUCGUCGAUUACAUAAAGUAUUACGUCCUUUCUUAUUGAGACGUUUAAAAAAAGAAGUUGAGUCACAGUUACCCGACAAAGUAGAAUAUAUUAUAAAGUGUGAAAUGUCUGGACUGCAAAAGGUUCUCUAUAAACACAUGCAGAGCAAAGGUGUAUUGUUAACUGAUGGCUCAGAAAAAGGAAAACAGGGUAAAGGAGGUGCUAAAGCUCUGAUGAAUACUAUUGUGCAGUUAAGAAAAUUAUGCAAUCACCCAUUCAUGUUUCAAGCUAUUGAAGAAAAAUACUGCGAGCAUGUAGGUACACAAGGAUCUGGUAUCGUUACUGGUCCCGAUUUGUACCGCGCAUCUGGAAAAUUUGAAUUGUUAGAUCGUAUUCUUCCGAAAUUGAAAGUAACAAAUCACAGGGUACUAUUAUUCUGCCAAAUGACACAGUUAAUGACAAUUAUGGAAGAUUAUUUAAAUUGGAGAGGAUUUAAAUAUUUGCGAUUAGAUGGUGCUACAAAAGCUGAGGAUAGAGGAGGUUUAUUAAAAAAAUUCAAUGAUCCUGGUUCUGAAUACUUCUUAUUUUUAUUAUCAACUCGUGCCGGUGGUCUUGGAUUAAAUUUGCAAGCUGCGGAUACCGUUAUUAUUUUUGAUUCUGAUUGGAAUCCACACCAGGAUUUACAAGCACAGGAUAGAGCACACAGAAUUGGUCAAAAAAAUGAAGUACGUGUAAUCAGAUUGAUGACAGUUAAUUCGGUUGAAGAAAGAAUAUUAGCUGCAGCCAAAUACAAGUUAAAUAUGGAUGAAAAGAUUAUACAAGCAGGAAUGUUCGAUCAGAAGUCCACUGGUUCUGAACGACAACAAUUUUUACAAAGCAUUUUGCAUCAAGAUGAUGCUGAAGAUGAAGAAGAAAAUGAAGUACCAGACGAUGAAACAGUUAAUCAGAUGAUCGCACGAACAGAAGGUGAAUUUGAAAUAUUCCAAAAAUUAGAUUUAGAACGAAGAAGGGAAGAAGCAAAGCUGGGUCUAAAUAGAAAAUCUCGAUUGUUAGAAGAAGCUGAGUUGCCCGAUUGGUUAGUAAAAGAUGAUGAUGAAGUUGAAAAGUGGGCAUCCGAAGAAGAAGAAGAUAAAUUCCUCGGGCGUGGCUCUAGACAACGAAAAGAAGUUGAUUAUACUGACAGUUUAACUGAAAGAGAAUGGCUCAAAGCAAUUGAUGAAGAUGUUGCUGAAUAUGAGGAAGAGGAGGAAGACGAUAAAAAAAAGAAGAAUACACGGAGGCGGAAGAAAAAGAGCGAGGAAGACAACGAAAUGCUAAAGAAACGAAAAAGGACUUUAAUUGAUCCAAAAAUAAAACGAACUUUGAAGAAGUUGCUUAUGGCAGUUAUUAAUUACGCUGAUAGCACAGGUAGAAUUCUUAGCGAACCGUUUAUGAAAUUACCAUCCAAAAGAGAAUUACCAGAUUAUUAUGAAAUUAUUAAAAAGCCAUUAACUAUCAAUAAAUUACUUCAAAAGAUUGAAGAAGGAAAGUACGCUGACUUCGACGAGCUUGAAAAAGAUUUUAUGCAGCUUUGCAAAAAUGCGCAAAUUUAUAAUGAAGAAGCUUCUCUCAUAUACGAAGAUUCCAUUGUUCUACAAUCUGUUUUCACGGAUGCACGUCAACGAAUUGAAGAAGAAGGCAAUAUUUCUGACAUAAAUGAUAAAGAUCAAGGUGAAGAAGGAUCAGAUGCAGAUUCUAGUGUUAGAGGAAAAAUUAAAUUGAAAGAAAAGAAGAUUGAAGGUAAAGGAAGUCGGAGAAAAAAAGUCAUUAAAAGAUAUAUAUCAGAUGAUGAUGAGAAUUAAAGAUUAUGCAUGUACAGUAAAAUUUAGUGUUAAGUAUUAAUACCAAUGUACCUCUCGAACUUGAUUAUUUUUUUAUAUUGAAACAUAAAUUGCUAUCUUUAAUACUUACAGGAUUAUCCUUAACUCGGAUCCCACGCUCGCGAGAAGAUACGAGAAUGGCAAUGUAUGAGCUGUUGUUAGAAGCAUAAUUAGGCGAGAACAUAGCGCCUUCAAACACAACUUUAAACAAAACAUUGUAAUUACAUUUUAGGUAAGCAUAAUCCAAGAUAUGAGUUAUUAAAAGUGAAAAAUUAAGUUAUAUGUGGGAACAGAAUCAGAUGCGUUUGCUUGCUUCGAAGCUUCGGAAGCACGCAGGGACAUGAAAUAGUCGGACGAAAACGCGAGACUCGCUUUCUCACCGAUCGUCUUCUCCUUAUUGUGACCUCAAAUUUAAAGUCCAUCGGCAACUAUCAAACUGGUCUAUGUCCUCACCUAAUUAUACUUCUAACAACAGCUCAUAGAUGGCAAACGACAUUUGAUUGCAAUAGUAAGAGUAUAUGUAUAAUGUUGCCAUUCUUAUCUGUUCUCGCGAGCACGGGUUCCGAGGUAAGUGAAUACCUCUGUAUAUAUAUACAUAUAUAUACAUAUAUAUAUAUAUGUAUGUAUAGAAAUUGAGUUGUGGGUAGAUUGUAAUAUUUCAUUGUGUUCUAUGAAUGGAAGAGUUACGUAUGUCGUGGUAAAAGAUUUAAUUUUGCGUUACGUUAUGUAUAUAUAAGAAAAGAUAUUGAAAAUCCGAAAAAAAAUAAAAGAUGAUUCAUAAAGUGUUCAUACUGUUUGACUCCCAUGAAGUUCAUCCUAUCAAACCCCUUACGAUGAGUUAAUGUAAUUAAAAUAAACAAAAUUUUGAAACUGUA